AUGACAUUGCCGACGAUGGAGCUUUAUCAGCAUCACGGUAAGGUGAACAACGAAGUGUAUGAUCUUCGAAGGGCCUCCAUGCAGCAGGAAGUGACGAAGACCAGAAUCGUGGACGACGUGUACGAAAGAACGAGGGAAGAUCGUGAACGAUUCGUGAAGUCGCCUGGUAGCCAUCAAGACACGGUGGAGUAUGCAUCCGAUUCGAGCAGUGAAAGUUACAGAGAGAUUCAUAGGAAGCAAAUAGAGAGAAAGAAUUGUUCGCCAGUCGCCGCGUCUAGUGCUUUCACGAUUGAUAAUAUUCUUGGAAGACACGAGAAGAAGGACAUCGAUGUGUCUGCUGGAUUAAACGGUGCCGAGGACAGAGAGGAAGAGCAGGAAGAGAGGGACGAGAAAAUGGACGAUAGUCAGUUUAUCAGACCAACUGCCAUAUCUGCUGCUCAUUCUGACAUGAGCACAGGAUUGUACGCAUCAACAGGACUAUCGUACUCGGAAGUCACACUGGCCGAUCCUUCUGCAUAUUCUGCAACGUCUCUAGCUUCUGCGUCGAUUUUAUACAACAGUUGGUUCGCCCAAUCGAAACCCGGUCAACUGUUCGGUUUGCAAGCGCCUAAACCGAGUGGAAGAAGGUCCAGGAAGCCGGGUAUCGACAGGAAGCCGCGACAGGCGUACAGCGCGAAACAGUUGGAAAGACUCGAAGCGGAGUUUAAGAUUGACAAAUAUUUAAGCGUGAGCAAACGGAUGGAACUGUCGAAAUCGCUAAAUUUGACAGAAGUACAGAUAAAAACAUGGUUUCAAAAUCGCCGUACCAAAUGGAAGAAACAACUUACCUCCAGGUUGAAAAUUGCCCAAAGGCAGGGACUCUUCCCGCCUGCGUAUUUCCCGCCAGCACAGUACCCUCUCUUACCGUACUAUAGCACACCCCUUGUGUUUGGAACUCCGACGUCAGAUGACGCCAACAUUAACCCGAUGGCGAUACCAUCGCGACCUGUGGUAUCAUCACCAGAUACUGUUUGA